AAAUGAGGUAAAUAUUUUAAACUUUAAUGACAUUUGGAGUCCUCAAAGAUGCAUGGGAAGACAAGGUCGCAGGUAACCUCUGCUUGAAAACCAUGGCUGGAAGUGAAAGUGGACUGAAGACCCCAGACCUGGUGAAGAAGGUCGCUUCUGCCAAUUCCCAGUUUGGUCUGGACCUGUACAAGAAGGUCGCCUUAGAACUGAAGGACUCCAAUGUGUUUCUGUCUCCCUUCAGCAUCUCGGCAGCUCUGGCCAUGACCCAGCUGGGAGCUCGAGGUGACACAGCAGCUCAGAUGAACCAGGUCCUGAAGUGGACUGACAUCCAGGACUCCGUACAUCCAGGAUUUGAAGACUAUCUGCGUCUUCUGAAAACACAGGGAGACUACGUACUUACAACAGCCAACCGCUUGUUUGUGAAUGAUAAGGCCAAGAUUCUGGAUGAAUUUCUACAGAAGACAGAGAAGCAUUAUGGUGCUCAGGCUGUCCUGUCUGACUUUGUGGGCAAUGGAGCUGGAGAGGCGGAGAAGAUCAACCAAUGGGUGGAAUCGGAGACCAACAGCAAGAUAAAGGAUCUGAUCACAGGUGGAAUCGAUCCACUCACAGCUAUGAUCCUUGUUAAUGCCAUAUAUUUCAAAGGCAACUGGGCAGAGAAAUUUGAUCCGACAAGGACAGAGAAGGGCAUGUUUAAGGUGAAGCCUGGAGAGACGGUACAAGUUGAUAUGAUGCGGAUGGAGAAGAAGUUCAGGUUUGGCCUAAAUGAUGAACUGAACUGUUCUGUGUUGGAACUGCCUUAUGUAAAGGAGGACCUUAGCAUGUUCUUCUUGUUGCCUUACAAGGAUGAUGGUUUGGGAGAACUGGAAAGCAAACUGAAUCAUGUAUCUUUGACGGAAGCCUUAAAACGUGUUGUUCACAAAACUACUGUUGACAUCUCUAUGCCCAGAUUUGUAUUGGAAUCAAGCUUUGAGAUGAAUGAAGUCCUGAAGUCGCUGGGAAUGUCUGAUGCUUUUGACAAGCAGAAAGCUGAUCUGUCCGGAAUUGAUGGAACCCGGCUCCUGUACGUCUCCCAGGUGGUCCACAAGGCCUUCCUGGAAGUGAACGAGGAGGGAAGUGAAGCUGCUGCAGCCACAGCAGUUACGAUCAUGUUUUUAUCCCUCCCUAUCACUGAGCCUUUCAAGGCAGAUCAUCCCUUCCUGUUCCUCAUCCGUGACAACCGAGCCGAUGUUGUGCUCUUCAUGGGCAGACUUGUUCGUCCUCCCACAGCAGGCUCAGCUGGUGUUUCACAGAAAACUGAACUGUAG